ACCACCAACCUUCUCCAUUUUUUCUAUUAUAUUUUUGCAAAUCCGCAGGAAAAAGAAGGCGAAACGAGGCCUCCACCAGCUCACACCACCGCCGAGCGGAACGAACUCGGCGAGAGAGCGGAAGCGGCGCCGAGCACCCAGUCCCUCUCCUCUCCUCGUCCGCCGCCGUCUCCCGGAUCAUGGCCAUGGCCGCCUCCUCCCGGCUGCUGUGGGCGUCCCGCGCCGCCGCCUACCUCAGGAUCUCCACCUUCCCCAGGGCCUUCUCCACCGUGCUGAAGGAUCUGAAGUAUGCUGACACUCAUGAAUGGGUGAAGGUUGAGGGUGAUUCGGCAACAGUGGGGAUUACUGAUCAUGCCCAGGAUCAUUUGGGUGAUGUUGUCUAUGUGGAGUUGCCAGAAGUUGGCAUCAGUGUCUCCCAGGGAAAGAACUUUGGUGCUGUUGAGAGUGUGAAGGCAACCAGUGAUAUCAACUCACCAGUAUCUGGAGAGGUCGUUGAAGUGAAUAACAAACUAAGCGAGGAACCUGGAUUGGUGAAUGCAAGCCCAUAUGAGAAGGGGUGGAUUAUCAAGGUCAAGCUCAGCGAUUCAGGUGAGCUCAAUUCGCUCAUGAAUGAUGAGAAGUACUCGAAAUUCUGCGAAGAAGAAGACAAUCAUUGAAGAAACCAGAGUGUCUUCUGAACACAAGGACCUGUGUUUCAAGCUUUAUCACUGCUUCUAGUCUGCAGACCUGCUGUGACAAAUUCGCAAGGUUCAUCGCCUGGAAUAAAUUAGUUUUAGGAUUUGCCAAGGGCUUGGGAAAUCCGAGCUUGUGAAUGACGUGGUCAAGUUUGAUUAUCUCUUUGUAGUUGUAAUCUCGUGAUUUCCUUCUUUCUAAAGAUAACUUUUUGAUUCCUUGGUAUGCAAAUUUGUUGGCCCUUUUGCAAAUGGUUCAGAAUGUUAAGCGUUAUUAUUACUGUGCAUAGUGAUAAAACAGGGGAAUCAUAUGUGUUA